AUUUGUUUCAUGCCAAUCAGUGUGCUUAUCUUCAAGCAGUUCCAAUUCUACAAUCUAAUGCAUGUCUUGAAAACCAAAUUUGACCUGAUCAAUAACAAGCUGAGCAAAUUCAACCGAGAUACACGCUUCACCAGCGAGCGGAGGCAUAUAGUGACGGUGCGGAAAAGCAACUCGGUCAGUGAGGUGCCCCUGACCGAUGUGCCGACGGCUUCACAGAAAACCGACAUGCUGAACGAGGAACCGAACGUUGACCUCUUGCAAAAACUGUUAACCAUUUAUUCAAAUGUUAGCGAUGGCAUCGACUUGGUGCUGCGCAUCUUCGGAUGGCAUCUGCUCUUUCUCACCGCGGUCUCCUUCGGCGUAAUCACCGUUCAAAGUUAUAAUUUGUUCUCACUGAUAAGUCAUUCUCUGGUGAUACCCACUUAUCACGUUGUCUUCAUUGUGUCUUGGAUCCUGGUGCAGGUCAUGGCAUUCGCGGUAAAUAUCUUAAUAUGCGGAAAGACAGCAAGAAUGAUGGACACGACUAUUUCGAUUUUGCACAAAAUUCGCCUGUCUUCGAAUGAGGCCCCAAACGCCUGUGUCUUCUACCAAAUUCUGCAGAUUUUCUCCAUGGAAGUCUUGCAGAGGAAACGAAAUUUUAACGCAGCGGGCUUCUUUGACAUGGACUACAAGCUGAUCACAUCGAUUAUUGCAUCAGCUACCACUUAUCUGGUCAUUAUAAUCCAAUUCCAUUUGACCAAUAUACCGGAUUGCCAUUUUCCCAAGUAAAAAUUGUGUCAAACACUGUUGUUCAAUCCGCUGAGGAUGGAAUCGAGUUCCUGGAGCACAGAAUUGAUAUGUCUGUAACUCCCAAUGCCACAUUUAAGUGUUAAAAUUUGUUGACUUUUAUUUUCUUAAAUAUGUUUAAUAAACACGAAAAAGUUAAAUUUUAAUAAAGUGU